UGUUGCUGUCAAUCAUAAGAUCCGCCCCCUGAGUUCCUGACUCGUACUGUCAGUGAGGAGCUGAGGUCAAGAGAAAUGAGCAUGGCCGCUUUGUUUAGGGGGUAUCGGAAUUUUUAUAAAAGAAGCAAUAAACAUGUGGAGCUCAGUUUGGUAUCCUAUAGAUCAAUGGCUUCCAAGACGCCAGUGGGUUUUAUUGGACUGGGUAACAUGGGGACACCUAUGGCUAGAAACUUACUGAAGCAUGGAUAUCCUGUCAUUGCUACUGAUGUCUUCCCAGAGUCUUUCAAGGAUCUUCAGGACUCAGGAGCACAGAUCCUGGAUUGCCCUGCUGAAGUGGCUGAUAAAGCUGACCGCAUCAUCACCAUGCUACCAUCCAGCCCCAACGUCAUUGAGGUUUACACAGGACCCAAUGGCAUACUUAAGAAGGUAAAAAAAGGCACCCUUCUGAUUGACUCCAGCACCAUUGACCCUGCAGUGUCCAGAGAGAUGGCCAUUGCUGCUGAGAAGAUGGGAGCAGUUUUCAUGGAUGCUCCGGUGUCAGGAGGUGUUGGUGCAGCCAGUCUGGCUAAACUCACCUUCAUGGUGGGUGGAGUUGAGGAGGAAUUUAAUGCUGCCCAGGAGCUACUCACCUCUAUGGGAGCAAAUGCAGUGUACUGUGGCCAAGUGGGAAGUGGACAGGCAGCGAAAAUCUGCAACAACAUGCUGUUAGCAAUUGGCAUGAUUGGUACAGCAGAGACCAUGAACCUUGGAAUUAGACUGGGUUUAGAUCCAAAGCUGCUAGCGAAGAUUCUGAACAUGAGUUCAGGACGAUGUUGGUCCAGUGACAAGUAUAACCCCGUCCCAGGUGUCAUGGAAGGAGUGCCUUCAGCAAAUAACUACCAGGGAGGCUUUGGCACAAAGCUAAUGGCUAAGGAUCUUGGUUUUGCUCAGGAUACGGCGACCAGUACCCAGACCCCAAUUCCUCUUGGUUCUUUGGCACACCAGAUCUACCGUGCGAUGUGCGCUUGUGGCUACUCUAACAAAGACUUUUCCUCCGUCUUCCAGUUUUUACGAGAGGAGGGGGUGUAGUAGGUCCAUUGGAAGUGACCCAGACUCUGUGUGAGAAACGGACAUUGUGACUUGCUGGUUUAUUAUUGAUAUGCAUGUGCGUUUAUUUUCAAAGGGAUGUUACAGGUAUGUUGAAGCUAAUUAGUGUAUAGCAUUGAGAGUCCGAUGCUUCUCUUAGGUUGUUGCCAGAUUUGGCCUUUUUUAACUAUGACCGGUUCGAACUGUUACUCAAGCUUGCUUACGUCACACUUUUACCUGCAAAUGUGUACAGUCAUUCUUUUCCACUUUGAGCUAGUAAUUUGAGCCAGUUCUAAGCCAAUAUUGAUUUGAGGUCCUGAUCAGACGCUGCUAGAAAUGUUUAUGAAUCCACAUGACAUACCUCAUCUGUUUCAGUUGUGCUUAAACUGAAUCGAAACUGUGAAAAUUUUUACAAAGAAGUAGUAGGUCCCUUGUUUUUCUGGAAUAGUUACAUUAAAAGAAUAGUUCACCUAGAAAUAACAAUUAAAAAAAAUGCUGAAAAUGUACUAUUCCUGUACUACUCCUCAGGCCAUCCAAGAUGCAGAUGAGUUUGUUUUUUCAUGGGAACGGAUUUGGAGAAAUUUAGCUUUACAUCAAUUGCUUACCAGUGGAUCUUCUGCAGUCCAACUUCAGUACAUCAAUUAAUAUCUUGUGAAGUGAAAAGAUGUGUUUGAAACAAAUCCAAUAAGUAUGAAACAAACAAAUCUAUCAAUCCAUUAAGAGGUUUUAACUUCAAACCGCUGCUCCUGGCUGAAAAUAAAAGAGUCCUCUGUCCAUAAUUUUACUUUCUCCAUUGAAAAUGUAAUUUUAUCUGAAUCAAGAGAGAAAUAUGCACAGAUCAAACACUGUUUACAAUCAAAGACAGUUCUAAACAAGUAUAUCGGUGCAUUUUGAUGCGCAAGGACAACACAGGAUUGACUUUUUCACUGGAGGAAGCAUUUUUAUGGAUUAUGGACUCUUAUUUUGGCCAGAAGCAACAGUUUAAAGUUAGCAGUUUAAAAUCGCCUUCAUGGAUUUGUUUAUUUAAACAAUGUACACAGCUUUUCGCUUCACGAUUUAAUAACUGAUCGACUGGAGUCGUGUGGAUUAUUUGUGGUUUAUUGUGGUGUUUUUAGAAGCUGUUUGGACUGUGAGCAA